GCUAGUUUUAUCGGAAAAUAAAAAAACGGGAUUUUGAGUUAACAACGGUACAUCACAGUUCAAUUCACAACAGUUCACUGCACCAUAUUUCGAAGAUAACGUCCAUACCCGUUGCAUCCCGGUGCAGUGAGUUAAGCUAUUCACAUGUAAUUGCGUGCGUGUUUGUGUGUAUGUGUAUAUCCCUGUGCGUGUGUGUGUGUGUACAGUAAUGCUGUAAUUGUGGUAAUGAUCUUUGGCAUUUAAAUCACAGUCAGAAGUUCCCAGUUCCCAGUCAUGUGUACGAUCGAAAGAUUUCAACGCGUGUGAAAACUGUUUCAACUACUUUUCCCUCACGCGAGUGCGUUGUGCGUGCAGGAGCGCCCAAGAGCCACCGGUCAAAGUGUCGUGCUGAUUGUGUUUCGCGAAAAAGCGACAACUUCCGUCUACCCUUAUGCUUAAGCUAUCGGGCAAUUCCGCAUCCGAUCGCCGUACGGUGUUGAGCAGCGGGUUUCACCAGCGGGAACAUGAACUUUGUGAAACCGUACAAAAGUAUCUGCUUUAUCUUUUUGGGAUUACUAUCAACACUAAAAUGUCAGUCAUUAGAAAGCGAAGACUUGCAUCACCUGUCGGAUCGUGAAAAAGUGGAAGCACUAGUAAAACAAUGGGCACCGUUAGUAUGGUUGGCACCGAACGAAAAGUACAUGCCCGGAGAUGUGUCAAAAUUUCUCGAGCAUGUACACGCAGAAGAAGCGAAAGUAGUUACCGUUUAUCCGGGCAGCGAAAUUACGGAGCUCGAUGAUCUCAAACAUUACGACGAUGGGAUGACCAACGAACUGUCAUACUACGAUCCGGUUGAUCAGCGGCAAGGCCGUUUUCGCAACAAACGAAACUUUAAGGAUCCAUCCGUAUCGUUGGACUUGCUUUUCAAUUUCCCAAUUGGGAAUGAGUCGAAAAAUUGGUACCUAGUGACGAACAACGACAUUGACGAGCUGGUCACUCAUAAGGAUUCCUUCCUACAUGGACAGAAUCCGCUACAAGAAAAUGUGCCAAUCUACGCGGUGAUCAGCAUGUGCAAACAUUCGCUAUCCGAAAUCCCUUCACACAAGCCGGAUUCUAGUUUACCAUUUACACAGCCAGCAACGACGACCGUCUAUCCUGCGACCCAUCUGCUUCACAACAAAAACAAUCAAGAAAACGAAGUGGCAUACACAGCAAAAGAUCGAACACAGUACAAGCGAAAUCCGUAUGCUCCAACGCCGAAAAACAUUUUUGAGCUGCAGCCAAACCUGCGCCAAACGAUGAAUAAGGUGGAAAAAAGUAUUCGCUUGAUUCGGAGAAAACGGGAUAUCGUGGAGUCAACUACACUCCUUGGCAAAACGUCCGAUAGUACAGAUAAACCACCAAACCAAGAUGCUGACGACAUCACUGUUGGAAGGCAGGUUAUUAUCGAUUCCGACGACGGAAACGGUAAGCACAAUUUCAACUCAAACACGGACGAUUCCGUGGAAAGUAUACCGAGAAGCGAGGAAAAUGAGGAAUGGGAAACAAUCACCGAACGGAGGCAUGACACUGAACGAUAUCACGCGGAGCUGUCCCAUGAUUAUCCACACUUUCACGUUACAUAUUGGAUGUUCUAUCCCUACAGUCAGGGUAAAAUAAUGUGCACGAUCGAUUUGGGCCCGUUCGGUCCAUGGCCGAUACCCUUAAUCUUUGGCAUGUGUCUGGGUACGAAGAAAGAGUUUGGCAGCCAUGUCGGCGAUUGGGAGCACAUGAGCCUUUAUUUUCGUGGAAGAAAGGAACCAGAUGAAAUGUACGUUUCAGCGCAUGAUGCAGGAGCGUUCUAUUCCUAUGAAAGGCUAACUGGAACGUUCGAAUACCACAGUCAAGAAACGAGAAAAGGAAUCCUGCAACAGCCAACCUUUCCCAAGACGGUCGUUACGUCCAGCAACCAUCCUGUGCUCUUUGCAGCAGAAGGUUCCCAUGGUUUGUGGACAGCGCCGGGCAAACACAAGUUUGUUCGCGUUCCGCGUCUCUACGACAUUAAUGGAUUCGGUUUGCCAUGGUCAACGUGGAGAAACGUUCAAGUCAUCUACGAGAAUGGCGUCCAAGGGCGCAGUGCACAACUACAACCGAAAUGGAUGAAAUUUAAUGGAAGAUGGGGUAAUCCGAAGACGAAAUGCCAUCCACUGAAACGGAUCGGUUUGCACAUAUGCGAACUAACCGAUGGUCCCACGGGAAUCCCCCGCAAAAAACAUCACUUCAAAUGCAAAGCAUGACAUCUGACGUCCCUACAGAAACAUAACAUUAUUGAUAAUAUCGGAAGGAGGAGGAAAUGAUCCAUUGAUAGCAUACCAGUUCCUGGGAGUUUGUUGCAACCUAUCCCACCCUUCUUGCUGUAGGAUGCGAGAAGUUCUCGUAGAAUAACUAUUUAUUUUCCCCUUAUUUAUUGUGGCUUGUAGCUGGCAUCUGUUUAUGUUAUUUUUUUUUCGUUUUUAAAACUUGUUUUCGUUUUCCCUCACAUUUCUUAAUGAUGUAAUGAUUAGCUGAUAAUCACAACUAUCACACAGCUUAACCACGAUUGUCCCGUACGCGAUUCAAUGCAUUUUGCGCCCUGUUGUACAUAAUAAGUUGUUUCAUUGGUAUGUUAUCAUUUAUGUGCUGCUCAUGAAUGUAAAUAAA